AUUUAUUACCAUCUACAUAACAUCCGGCGUAUUAGAAAGUAUUUAUCAUAUGACAAUAGAAGUCCAUUGUACAGGCUAUUAUAAUGUCACGAUUAGACUAUUGAAACGGUCUAUUAUAUGGUACGCCCGCUGUUUAUCUUGGUAAGCUGCAACGCCUGCAGAACGCGGCAGCUCGGCUGGUAUCUACUGUAUCUAGGUAUGAUCCUAUCACACCAUCCCUGAUCAACCUGCACUGGCUACCGGUUACCCACAGAAUAGAAUUCAAGAUAGCAAUGCUAGUUCACAAAUGUAUUUACGGCGUCGCACCACAAUAUCUUUUACACUUGAUAAAAAUCAAAGAGAGCUCGCGGUAUCAGUUGAGAUCAUACCAGGGCAUACUCCUAAUGGACAAUACCUAUAGAACAAAAAAGACACUCGGGGAUAAGGCGUUUGAAAAUGCUGCGCCCAAAGUAUGGAACCGACUCCCUCUAGAAAUUAGACAAUGU